UCGUGGUGUUGCGAUGUCACUUCUGAUUGAUUUGUGAGAGCUGUGAACACGUUACGUUUCAGAAAAUAAACCGUGAAAUCCAACCUCAGAAGAUGUCGACCAGGACACCACUGUUACCCAUGAUUGACCACUCCACUGGCCAGUCUCACUCCGACUCAAAGCCCUUGGGGCGCUGCAACGUGCCCCACUCCACAGCAGACGAGCAGCCCCACAUCGGCUGCUACAGGCUCCUGAAAACCAUCGGCAAAGGAAACUUCGCCAAGGUCAAACUGGCCAAGCAUAUCCUCACUGGUAAAGAGGUGGCGGUAAAAAUCAUAGACAAGACUCAGCUCAACACCUCAAGUCUUCAAAAGCUAUUUCGGGAAGUGAGGAUCAUGAAGCUCUUGAAUCACCCAAAUAUCGUGAAGUUAUUUGAAGUGAUUGAGACAGAUAAGUCCCUCUACUUGGUGAUGGAAUAUGCCAGCGGAGGUGAAGUGUUUGAUUACCUCGUAGCCCACGGCAGAAUGAAAGAGAAAGAGGCUCGAGCCAAAUUCAGACAGAUUGUGUCAGCGGUGCAGUACUGUCACCAGAAGUGCAUUGUCCACAGAGACCUCAAGGCAGAGAACCUGCUCCUGGAUGCAGAUAUGAACAUUAAAAUUGCCGAUUUCGGCUUCAGUAACGAGUUCACACUGGGCAGCAAGCUGGAUACUUUUUGUGGCAGCCCUCCUUAUGCUGCCCCCGAGCUCUUUCAGGGGAAGAAGUACGACGGGCCGGAGGUGGAUGUCUGGAGUCUUGGGGUCAUAUUAUACACACUGGUCAGCGGUUCUUUGCCGUUCGAUGGACAGAACUUAAAGGAGUUGCGAGAACGGGUUUUAAGGGGCAAGUACAGGAUUCCCUUCUACAUGUCGACCGACUGUGAGAACUUACUGAAGAAAUUCCUCAUACUCAACCCAACCAAGAGAGGGAGCCUUGAGCAGAUCAUGAAGGACCGGUGGAUGAACGUGGGCCAUGAGGACGACGAGUUGAAGCCCUACAUCGAACCACAACCUGACUACAAGGACCCUAAGAGGACAGAUAUUAUGCUACGGAUGGGAUACUCUCUAGAUGAGAUACAAGAUAUGGUCAAAAAAAGAUUCAAUGGUGUAAUGGGAAUUUAUUUUUUAAUGGAAUUUAGGUGAUGAGAGCUGGAUGAACUAUCAAUAAAGCCCCGCCCAAGCACUGACCUCACAAACAACGUCCAAUCAUCUACUCACAAGGGACAACGCAAUACCUCCAAUCUGAAGUCCCGCAGAUCCACAGACCAAACGCCGGCUGGUUUGGUUUGUAAAGCUCACAUGUUUUCCCUCUACACUGCAGGCUCCUCUGUUUCCACCAAGCGUCCUCAGGGCGACAGCAAGCACAUCGGUGGUUCAGUCAGCUCCAGUAAAGUCCCUCCCAGCCCGCUAAUCUCAGGAGACCAUAAGAAAACUCCUACACCUUCCACUAACAGCAUCCUGUCCUCAGGUACCAGCCGCAGCAGGAACUCUCCAAUCACUGAGAGAGCCACUCUGGGAGUACAGAAUGGCAAGGACAGCUUGAACACUCCAGGGUCCCGCUCCUCCACCGCCUCAGCGGCCGCGGUCCUCGCCGCCUCAUCCCGCACCCGCCACCACAAGUCUUUGUCCACCUCCGCCCACCCCAGUCCCCCAGACCUCCAUGCACAUCGCCCCAGCACGGCCAACCAGAAAGCACCAGGGGUAUCCCCCUCAGCUCAGAACAUAAACAUUUCCUCAAUGACUGACCGUACCAACUUCUCCAGAGGGGUGACGAGCAGAAGCACUUUCCAUGCCGGCCAGCAGAGAGCCACAAGAGACCAGCAAGCCUCAGCGUACAAUGACCCCUCUGCCUCCCCCUCACUUUCCCAUGGCAACAGCCAGGUGCGCCGUACUGGGACAGGAAUCUUCAGCAAGUUUACUUCCAAAUUUGUACGCAGAAAUCUCUCAUUCAGAUUUCCCAGAAGGAGUCCGUAUGAGGGAGAGGGUCGAGAUGAGGCCAGCAGACCGAUGUUGAGCACAGCAGACAAGAUGGAGAAGGGUACCCAAGGACUGCCUGGCGAUGAAAACAAGGACUCCUUUUCCACUUCUCCAGUGUCCAGCACACCCUCGUCAACCCAGGCCUCCAAGGACACCAAGCCACGCUCCCUCCGCUUCACCUGGAGCAUGAAGACCACCUCCUCCAUGGAGCCCAAGGAAAUGAUGAAGGAGAUCCAGAAAGUUCUGGACUCCAACAGCUGCGAGUACGAGCUGCGCGAGCACUUCAUGCUCCUCUGCAUUACAGGCGACCACGCGCAUGACAACUUCGUCCAGUGGGAGAUGGAGGUGUGCAAGCUACCUCGCCUCUCGCUCAACGGGGUGCGCUUCAAGAGGAUCUCCGGAUCCUCCAUGGCCUUCAAGAACAUCGCCUCGAAGAUCGCCAAUGAGCUCAAACUGUGAGGAAGACUAUCGUUUCUGUGGAAAAGAUCUUGAGGAACAGCUGGAGACCAUGUGUUGGGAAUGAGGAGGCACUGUGAGGAAAAUCAUUGGAGUUUUGAGCUCUACGGCAGCAAUGAAGAGUCUUGAGGCUGGAAAGGGGGAAAAGGUGUAAGGCAGGUUCAUGGGGGACAUUUGUGCAUAUAGACAUUUUUCAAGGGGUUUAUUUUUGGGGGGAGGUGUUCUGUCUUGGUUUGGGUUUUCUGUUCCUUACCCCCCUCGAAUGCUUUGUUGUCAUCUUUAUUUGUGACAAUUUUGUUCAAAUGUGGUUUUCCUUGGACCUCACAAUUGUCCUCAAUUCAGAAAAAGUUAAGAGACCAUGAGACGACGUUGGUUUUCAUAAACUGGAAUUGUUUGCCAGUAAUUUUUUGUUUUU